AUACAGCCAGCCGCCGCCUGGCCCCGGGGGCACGGCUGGGGCACUGCGAGCGCGAGAGAACUUGAAGGCUGUUCGUAAAAAUAUCAGUGAGCUGGUUUUUGGUUUUAACCUUGGGCGAGUAAUAGCACGGAACAAAGCUGAGAGGAGUAACGUGUAACAGGUUAUUUUUGUCCUUUUGUGUGGAUGGCUUCAGAGAAUGGUCCAGGAAUAGGCAGAAAACUGGAGAAAGUAUCUUUUAUCUUGCUUAUCCAGACUUGCUUCAGACCUUAGUCUUUAAUAACAACUUGUUGGAAUCUCUUAAUCAGGAAUGAAGUGGAAGUCAGCUGAAUUCUCUUGUAUGCUACUGAGACAAAAUGACAUUCAUGUUUGUGGUGAACGGAAGUCAUGGCAGCAUCUAACAUGGGAGGGAAAGAGAUGAGUGGACAAUGUGGCGUGACUCGUUCAAAUUGCAAAUCUUCUGCCUGCUUAUGGCAGUACUGGCUAUUGUGGUGCUGGUCCAUAAUUUUUUUCAGGUAGAGCACCUGGAUGAUGACAUAGUUUCAGGAUCAAGUUGGAUAACAGAAAAUAAUGUCCAGCAUUCUCUAUCACAGACAACCAAAACUACCAGGAAGCCUUACUGUGAUUAUAAGCAGCAGACUUUGUCCAAAAGAGAACAAGCGGAGCAGGAAUCCUUGCUUGCUGCAAUACAGUGGCCAAAACCCCCCAGUCGCAAAAUUGCCUUUGUACAAAGCACUGAUCCUGCAAGUAGUGACUUCAUGAUUGUGAAACCCAGCGGGUUCUUCAAGGUGGGUGAUCAGUUAGAGGUGCUUGUUCGUAUGAAGGAUUUCCAAGGAAAACUCAAGCAGUAUGGUGGAGACUACCUUCAGGCACGAAUUCACUCUCCUCUGCUGAAAGCUGGAGCAACAGGAAGGAUUGUAGAUUGCCAUAACGGCCUUUAUAAAGUCUUCUUUACCUUGCUUUGGCCAGGAGAGGUCAAAGUUUCUGUGUCACUUGUCCAUCCAAGCGAAGCAAUCCAAGUCCUCCUGCGUUUACGAGAAGAAAGGCCAGACAGAGUCUAUUUCAAAAGCUCAUUCAAGUCUGGGAGGUAUUCAGAAACCACUGAGUGCAAUGUUUGCUUGCCUGGAGAUCUCCCAGUCUGUAACUUCACAGAUCUCUACACAGGUGAGCCAUGGUUCUGUUAUAAGCCCCGAAAACUGUCCUGUGCCAGCCGAAUCAAUCAUGCCAAGGGUGGAUAUCAAAAAGGUCUUCUGACACAAGAGGAAAGCCUCUUCUUCCAAAGCGAUGUGAACAUCAAAAGGCCGAUAUUCUCCAGUGGACUCGAUUCAGUGAUUGUAAAGCCCAAGGCAUUUACAGAGUCAAGCAAUACGGACAGAGAUGAAGAUCCUACAGUUUCCCCUUCUGGUUAUUAUUAUGAAGACGAGUGGAGGUCCAGGACACACUGGAUCCAUCAUUUUAACAAGUCAGAUGAUAUAACCAAGUGCUUGCAAGGAAAAGUCAUCCACCUGUUUGGAGACUCUACAAUAAGGCAGUGGUUUGAAUAUCUGACAGCAUUUGUUCCAGAUCUAGUGGAAUUUAACCUCGGGAGUCCUAAGAACGUGGGCCCUCUCAUGUCUGUGGACCUGAAGCACAAUAUCCUAUUGAAGUUCCGCUGUCACGGGCCACCCAUUCGCUUUUCAACGGUCUUUAGCAGUGAACUGCGCUACAUUGCCAACGAACUGAAUGGCAUAGUGGGUGGGAGAAACACGGUAAUAGCCAUAACUAUAUGGUCCCACUUCAGCACUUUCCCUGUGGAAGUGUACAUCCGGCGGCUGAGGAACAUUCGGAGAUCAAUUAUUCAGUUGCUGGAUCGCAGUCCCAAGACUUUAAUCGUCAUCAGAACCGCUAAUGUUCAGGAGCUUGGGCCAGAAGUGAGCCUCUUUAACAGUGACUGGUAUUCUUUCCAGCUUGAUUCUGUCAUGAGGAAAAUGUUCUCAGGGAUUGCUGUGCACUUUGUGGAUGCUUGGGAGAUGUCUCUGGCUCAUUACUUGCCACAUAACUUGCACCCAAAAGAAGUCAUUGUUAAAAAUCAAAUAGAUGCAUUUUUAUCUUACGUGUGCCCUCUGCAAACUUAGCACAAGUGGAUAUCCCUAUGUCAUCUUUUGCUGUGACUGAAGUAAAGUUCCUCUUUGUCAGAGCUAUGGAAUUAUGCCAGAUGGCAUGGAAGAACUCUGGCUAUUGUACUUGCAUGCAGUAUAAGUAGGGUGGCCUUAACUCUGGGUAGCUGUGAAGGGUGGUAAAGAGGAGUUGGCCGUUCAGGCCAUAUCUUCCUGCGAGGUUGAUUUCUUUCAGCCUUAUCAUACAUACCUGAGAUUACUAGAGAGCACCUUAAAUUAAAUUGACAGGAAUCCAUAAGAAAUUAUGUGGGUUAUUAGCUUUACUGGUUAUCUACACUGUAUACUUGAUUUAAUCCAUACGACACUGAUUCUGUUGCCAGAGUCUUGCUGCUCAGAACUCUGUGUGAAGCCUGGGAAAGAUUUUGAGAGCAGUCUUUCAACAUUCCACAGUUUGAGGGACAUCCCCUCCAGUUGUAUGUCAGGGAAGCACAAUGUUCUUGUUUCAAAGUCCUAAUUAGAAAUAUGAAGGGAGUAUACCAAAAUCACGAAUAUUAAUCAAGGAAGCACAAUCAAAAUAUCUAUAGUAUUAAGUCAUCAAGAAUUGGCUGAAAUUUAAUAGAGCAUUCUAGUUAGGCAACCUUUGUGUUUACAGUAGAUGGCUGCUAAAUAGUGCAAAUAGACAUUUUAGUUUGGUUUCCUGUACUACUGAAUCUCUUCUGAGCUUUGAUACACUGUCUACUUCUUGGUUUAUCUGUGAUGGAGAAAUGUGCGUAUUAUGACCUCAGUGAAGAUGCUGUCUCAGGCAGUUUCUGCGAGUUCAAGUUGCAGGCGUGCCUACUUGAAGCAUCUGCUAAUGAAGGUGUUUCCCUUCCCUGUAAGAUAAAGCUAUUCUGUUAUGCUCCUGCAAAGCUGGGCUUCUCAUAAUUGCUCUUGUACAUCAUUCAUACGUUGUGUCCAUAUGGAGAAGCCAGGUGGCCUGAAUGCACUUGAUGAUGCUUGGCAAUGGGUAACAGCAACUGGCGCACACUGGUGUCAAGGCCAUGCAGUCAUGCCCCUUCUGUGUUUGGCAGUUUUAGCACUUAUUCAUGAGUUUCACUGCUGCCAGUAUAAAGGGUCAAAAAAUCGUACCCAAAAGCCAAAACACACAAGGUGGCCCUUGGUACAGAUGCUUGGUAAACAUUUGCGGUUUUGCUGGUGUGAAAGCAGGUGGCCCUUGGGCCUCUUGGUGUGGUGUUUUCUGUUGCUAAUUUGAUAGAGGCCUGGCUAUAGUUUUAACUAGGAGCGCUUUAAAAACAAAGUUUCGAUUAAAUUCAGUCCCCAAAUUAAACAGCAGAGAAGUGUUCCAUGUUGUCUUAUUUCUGGUGCUACUCGGGCCAAAGGUUGUCUUUACCAGUGGCUUUACUGCGAAAUGUGUUAAAACAGUAGUGGAACUCUUCUGAGGAAGCUCAUCGUGCUUACGGAGAAAAAGGAAUUUGAGUGUUUGUGAGCAAACUUAGAAGAUAAAAAUUAAUAAGGCAAAUCGGUAGGUUGCACAGAGUGGAAUAAUUGCGAUGUCUUCAUAUUAGAAAUGUUUUAUUCCUUGCCAGGUUUGCUGCUAUGUUAGGAAGACUGUGCUCUUAUUGCUGGAGCCCCAAGAGAGCUAAAGCUAAUGGCUACAGGAACAGUGUGUUUUGGUUUGUUCAUUUUAAGGGACAACUGAGAACUGUUUUAAAAACAAAUGUAAAUGCUUUUAGCAUGUAAAGGUUGUCAGUAGAAUCCAUCUAUAGACUUACCAAUUUUAAAAUAUUUAAAAAUGGGGGAGUCGCAUACACUGAAAUGGCAUUUAUUCUUAGCUUUUUAAAUCAGAACUAAGGAGGUCCAGUUUGCCUGUUCCUAAUGACGACUGCCUCAUGUAGUAUCUGUCCAUGCAUUAGCUUCAGGUAACGAUUCUUUCUUUAACGUGUUCAUGGAAAUUUAUCCUCUGCUAAAAAGAGACCACACCAAUUCAGGUCUGGGAUGGUAAACCACCACAAUGCAAAAUGACCUUUCAUCUUUUCCAGCUGUGUUUUUUUUCAAAUAGGUAGAGGAUAAGGCUUUCAUCCCGAAUACCAAAUCUAUCCAAACAGUGUUAAUGAAAAUAAGACUUCAAAUUUUACUUUGAAGGAAACUACUUAAUUUGUGGACUAACCCUUUGGUUUUCGUCAAAAAGCCGUACCAUGUGUGAGAGUGUUGGGGCGGCGUGUUUCUUCUCUGAGUGUUGCAGUGCUCACUGCUGCUCUUCAACAGCACCUUUAUAUCGCUGUUAGCUACCAAGAACCACGACAGAGAGAAACAUGCGGUUUUUGGAUGCUUUGACAAUUGAGGAAAAGAGAACACGACUGCUAUUAGCAAUGAUGUCUAAUUGCUUUCUGGUAGAACCUCUCCCUAUUAGAUUAAUUUUUUAAUAACAGAUUAACUUUUAGGUAAUCAACUUGAGGGAAACUGCCAGUUGAUUUGGAAUGGGGACCAGUAUUUAAUUUCCUUAGGCUCUGGAAUAGACAGGGAGGAGAAAGGGAGAAAAUGAGCAUUUAAUUAUGUUUUAAGAUGAAGACUGGGGACACUAUGCUUUUAUAUGUCAUUCAGUUGAACUAUAAAUGAUUUUUCAUUUUAUAAAUGAUUUUUCAUUUAUAUUCUUGUCUUGUUGCCAGUUGCACUAGUUGUGUAUGUACUGUAUAUGGAAACAUAGAAGCAAUAAAAUAUUUUUAAAUGAGUUUCUUUAAACCUUUAAGCUUCUACAUGGAUUUUAAUAGGGACUUAGGUUAAGAGGUUGGUUAUUUUUUAAGUUGCUUAAUAUGGAACAGGACUGGGAAGGAAUUUCUCAGUUGUCAGUUAACUAUCUUCCUUUACACAUAAAAAUGUAUUUCAUGAGAUUUUUCAAAGCUCUGUCUUCUUUUUCUUUCCGUUUUCUUCAUUUGAAGGGAAGAAAUUUAUAUAAUUUUUGAUAAUUUCAUUCUUGUCCUGAGCCUUUUGAUUAUUAACCUUUCAAUACAGGGAUUUUUUUUCCUUUUUAAUUUCUUUAUUCAAAAUCUAGCUCACUCAAAUCCCAGUGAAAAAGACUGUAUUUUUAUGGUGUUUAUCAGAAGAUAGCAGAGCAAUUUUAUUUAUAAAAUAAGUAAACUCCAUUUUACAGAUUAGGCUGAUAACCCAGUGAUUUUCUGCACUUGAUGUUUUGAGAAUCUUGUUUCUCAUAUCGUGUUAGGCUGAUUUCUACGUUCUAGAAAUUUAGUAAAGUUCGUUGAAUUGCUGAUGAAAAGAGACGGUAAAAAACAGAAGUUGCCCUUUUUUCAAGUUUUAAAUUGCUUCUAAUUUCAUCUGCUACGCAGCACUGUUGCAGCUCUGCUUUACGAGGUUCAAAGUAUUGUUUUUCAUUGUUUUUGCUUGUUGGAGGUAAGCAUUUAAAAAUGGGAACUUUGCUUACCAGAAGGUUCUACAUGACUUUUUAUGUGCUACAGAUGACAAUUCCAUGUAUAUGAGAGAAAACUGAAGAUUUGAAAUUGUCUCCUGGGAAGGGUGAGGGUAUUGGGGUUUUGCUUUGUUUUUGUUGCAGAACUGUGGGUUAAAACAUUGUUCCGUACAUGACAGUUUAAGUAACAGCAAAAAACUUCAAUCACAAAUGUGUAUUUAAUUUAUAAAGCACUUUUUAAGGCCAGGUCACUUAAUGCUUAGUUUCUGCUCAUACAUAUUUAGACUGUUUGGAAGGCUCUUGUUAUCUUUUGGUAGCAGCAAAGGACUCUUAUCUGUCUGUUAGAUGAAGAACUUGUUUUCAAAGUUGUGGGGUUUUUUUCUGUUACAUGCAUAUUAUUGAAAUGCUUAUGAUACAAAGAAGGCUCUAAUGUCUUUUUGCUGAUGUGAUCAGAAAAACAAUUUAAGUAGCCAAAAAGCUCAAAGAAUAAACAGUUCCUAAUAAAGAGGGCAAGUUUACUUAACUGUUUCAUCUCAUCUAGUCUCAGUUUAUCUUGCUUGACGCAACCCCACAUACUUUGUAUUUUUAUAGUUGCGUAGUAGUUCCCUUAGUUUGACCUAUCACAAUUUUCUUCUGCGUGUUGGGUAGAAGUUUCACACUAUGGUUUACAGAUUAAAAUCACUUCAAAAAGUCUUUUUUUUUUUUUUUUUUUUGCCCCCUGAUGAUGUGCGUUUGGAGGGGAGUGAUCUGUGCAAGCAGCAGAAGCCUGACUGAUGUUUCCUGUUGUCGGUGUGUCAGGCCUGACACACAAUAAAAGCUUGAACGUAAUGUAGGCUUCCUUCUUUGAGGACUUUUGCAACCCAGCUGGCCAACGGGAAGUCCUUAAGCCACUUCAUGUGAAAAAGCGGCAUGAAGACCAGAGGAGGUGCAGUGCGGUCAUUCCCUCUCUAGCUUGUGAACAGUUUUUACUUUAAGUAAUGGAAGAAAAAUUGAGGAGAGAUCUGUCCUGUAAGUCAGCCGGUGUGUUCAGGGGCUGUAGGGCAGCCACGUGAGCACGAGAGCUGUGUUUGCAGGGUCAUGGGGAGAGGGUGGCUGCAGCGUGCAGACCAGGGAGUCCCUGGUCUGGCUGGAGGGACAGGGUGGAGGAGUUGGGGGACGGCUACAGGGCUGCCUUGGAGUUACAUUGCAGCCAGGAUUCACAGCUGGGAAAGAAGUAAGCAGGGUGCAUCACCCUGUGCUCUGGUUUCCUAUAUCUAUAGGGAAAAAUAGCCUGUUUGACUGAGAAAAAUCCCCAAACUACAAAUUCCUGGAAACUAGAAGAGAGUACACUGCAGAAAUAUUGCUAAGUGUUUGCUCUGUUUUUCUGUUCCCCCUCUGACUCGAUGGUGACUGCUGAAGGAGGCAGGGCAGGGGGCAAUGGCCGGUCCCGUGACCUAGGGUGCUGAUCUCACGUUCCUCCGAAACAGAGGUGCUCUUGCCAAUGCCACCAGCUAACCAGUAGCUAACAGGGCAAAGGACAUGUACCCUAUUCCCAGCAUCUCGCUCUGGAAACUGAAAGCGAAGUGUACUGCCAUCGUGCGCCACCCACGUCAGCCUUCAUUUAGCCGUAACGGAGAAGAGAGGCUGCAAAGCUGCUCUUCAGUGGGGUGUGAGACCAGGCCCCCGGCAGGCUUAGAGGGGAAAUGGGAAUGAGGGGAAGCAGUAAGGGUUGGAUGGGGUGGAAGGAGGGACAACGUGCGAAGGUCUUGCUCUGUGACAUCAGGGAGAGGAAGAAAGUAGGGGAUUUGGUCAUGUGGAGGCUUCCAAAGGCGAUAUCAGUCAUGUGGGAAAAAGUCACGCCUCUGAUAUAGCACACUGAAAUAUACAUGUAUUUCUCCAAAUGUGCCAAAAAAGGAACGGUUCUUCCCACCCAGGCUGCUCACCCACCUCUUCUUCUACUGCCAGCAAUGUCAUAGCAAUCACGUGUUAGGUACUGUUCCAGACUUCCUGCUUACCGUUGGUUUGAAGCCAUGUAUAUCAGGUUUUCACAUGUUUGUAGACGUGACAUAUCAUAGACGGGGAAGUUUUUAAAACGAAACCAAAGCAUUUAUAACCAGAAUAAGGAGGAGGACACAGGCGUCGUUGUGUUGUGUGCUCUUCAGAGCCUGUGGUGACUCAGAGAAGGCACGUAACUUGCCUGAGAUGGCACAGGUGGUUGGCAGGGAAGGGGCGUGAGCCUCCCGUGGCCAGACAGAGGGACAGGGGGCUCACCGGGGCUGGCAAAGAGCUGAGGCCACAUGGUUUCUGACCUGGUUGGAAUGGGGCUUCUCGUGCUCAUCCCAUGGCUUAACGCUGCCUCCCCAAUUAGCAAGGUAUUACCUAACUUCUAACGUUAGCUGUCGCACAAUACAGGACCGAUGUAUUUGAAAUCGAGGGAAUGUUUUAUUGUCUCCCUGAAUCGGGAUCUUUGAGUCUUUCCUGAAAUGUUAAUUCACGGCAGUGCUUGUCACCCAGACCUGAACUCUCACGUAAGGUAGCCUAGCUUGUCUCUGGGCAGUGACUGUCUAAAAUCCUGUCCAAAUUACUGUGUCCUCCCUCACUGUUGGUCUUACAAGCCUCUCGUGGGCAUAUUCAAUAGCCUUUUGGGGUGAAAUAAGCCGGUCUGCUCUGUGAGUCUGUCAGGGCGAAUCGCACAGGACCUUCUCUGCCUGGAAUGGGAGAGAGGGAUAUGCGGGAGGACGCUAGAGAAUGAGGAGUGAGUUAUUUUGUAUGAGCCCCAGAUGGAGAGUGAGCACAUCACUAAACCCAGGUGGAAGUACAACAUGCCCUCCCGCACAUCCUGACUGUGUCAGCCUGCGUGGGCUUAAUAGAUUAGUGAAUCCUUAAUGAAUGUGGCCAGAAGAGGGCUUUGAGGCACUGAAAGAGAGUCUGGGAUGACUCUCAAAUGAAAAACAUAAGCCACAAUGUAGUAGUCUCGGUGGUGGUUUGUUUUCUAACUCCUGGGUAGUUGCAUUUUGAAACCAAAUGGCACGAACACCACUGGAUGAAGCUCUUUUACUUGGAGUUCAUUUUAGAAUGAAAUUCAGUUGAUGAUGUAGAUGUUGGUAACUCUUAGGCUGGCUUAAAACGAUCCUUCAGAGGAUGAUUUUUUUCACCCUAAAUGUUCUCUUAAAUCUGAUUAUUUUUUUACUGUGUCACAAAAGCAUCCAGAGGAGUAAACUUUUACUGGGAUAGAACAGUCCAUCUCAAGUCACUUCUUCCUGCAACAUGGAAAAUUUAGCAGACUGUAUGGUCUGACAGCAAGGCCAUGCUAUGGUACUCAGCGUUCCCUGGUACAGCCAUCUGUUAAAAUUUUUGUCCAGUCCCUCCGCUUCUUAUCCUCUCCCUUCCCUGGCUCACUCUGAAAAUAGACAAGUGCUUUUUGCCCAGUGCCCUCAUGCUUGGGCUCUCCGUAUGAGCCUGUUAUUUUUUGGUGUAGCUUGAUGCGGGGCUCUCCUUUUUCACUCUAAAUCUCUGCCGCAGGUUUUUUUGCGAUGACUGGGACUAGUUGUAUGACAAGCACUAUUGCUCUCCCACAGCAUGGCAGCCAGCUCUGAAGGAUCUCACAAAAGACCUUCCAGGUGGGACAUGCCCGUUGGAGUUCAGCGGGUGAGAGGCAUGGCAAAAGUACCUGCAGUGAAAGAAUGACGACAAAUUCACAGGUUCCCCACCCCCCACCCCGGCCGUGCCAUCCUGUGCUCAGUUCUUUCCACUCCUUCCUACCCUCUGGUUUUCCCUGGUCCAUGUGAGUCACGCUUUCCAGUCCCGCCUGCCCUCCUUCUCUGCCUGAGUCAGCUUCUCUCAGGGAAUUGUUGCUUGCUGCUGGCGAGGCAGCUAUUUUCGUCUUAGCUGUUUCUUCCUUCCAAUGGUUUCUUCUCGUUCUGCUCCACCUUUAUCGCUGUUGCCUUGUGUAUUUGUAUUAUUAUUAUUAUUUGCUUCUGCUG